GCGAUACACUGAGACAGACAUAGAGAGCUUAUACAACCUCUCACUCAGUGGCGGCUCGCGAUCACACCCUCACCCUCUACCCACAUCUCCCACUCCCCUGAACCUCCGCUCUCAUAAAGCCCCAAUGGCCUCAUCAUCCAAGCCCCCGCCCGGCGCAACCGGCACCGGCUCAAGCGCCAGCACGAGCACCACUACGAACAAGAAUGCAAGCUCCAGCGGCGGCAGCAGCAUCUCGACGUCGUCCAUGAACGCGCUCAAGACGUUCUCGCUCGCCAACGACGUCUUCGAGGUGCACCCGCAGGACGAGAUAUUGCGGUACGAUGCUGCGGCGCAUCGGACGCUUGUGAACAGCGAGCCGUGGAAGAAGGACCCGCAUUACUUCAAGUCGUGCAAGAUCUCGGCGAUUGCGCUCAUCAAGAUGGUCAUCCACGCGCGCUCGGGCGUGCCCCUCGAGGUGAUGGGCAUCAUGCAGGGCAAAGUGCAGGGCGACGCGCUCGUCGUGCACGACGCGUUCGCGCUCCCCGUGCAGGGCACCGAGACCCGCGUGAACGCCGCGAACGAGGCGAACGAGUAUAUGGUUACGUAUGUUUCCGAGAGCGAGAAGGUGAAGCGGCUGGAGAACGCGGUCGGGUGGUACCACUCGCACCCCGGAUACGGGUGCUGGCUCUCGGGCAUCGACGUGAACACGCAGAUGACGAACCAGAACUUCCAGGACCCGUUCGUGGCCGUCGUCAUCGACCCCAACCGCACCAUCUCGGCGGGCAAAGUUGACAUCGGCGCCUUCCGCACCUUCCCGGAGAACUACACCCCGCCGUCCUCGACUUCCACCGGGGGUGCCGGAGGCGGAGGAGACGGAUACCAGAGCAUCCCGCUCGCGAAGAUCGAGGAUUUUGGUGUGCACGCGAACCAGUAUUAUAGUCUCGACGUGGAGGUGUUCAAGAGCGCGCUGGACGAGGAGCUGUUGGGGUUGCUGUGGAACAAGUACUGGGUGAACACGUUGAGCCAGAGCCCGUUGAUCUCGAACCGCGCGUACGCCGUCUCGCAGCUCGCGGAUCUGCAUCAGAAGCUCGCAAAGGCCCAGGGUGCGGUCGCGAGCACCCGGGCGCCUGUGCCGAGCACGAAGGAGAUCCGCGACAAGGAGCGGGAGGCUCUCAGAGACGGCACCGGCACCGGUGCGGGCUCGUCGAGAGAUAAGGAAAAGGAAGCAAGCGGGGCGGCGGGCAAGGAGAAGGAGAAGGAGUCUACGGGUGGGAAGAAGGAUGGCAAGAAGGAGGAGAACCAGCUCGCGAAGGCUGUCAAGGACAGCACGAAGAUCGCGGCGGAGGCGCAGCACGGGCUCAUCGCGCAGGUGAUCAAGGAUAUCGUCUUUUCGCGGCGCCCUGGGUCCGGCCCUGAGGCGGGCGAGGCGCUGGAUACGAUGGUUAUCGGUUGAAGACGUUGCAGUGAGAUGAAGUGCAGUGUAACAUACGGAUGACGAUUUCUUCUCUUUUGCUAUCUUUUUUGUGCUUUUAGAAAUGCGCAUGUGUACUUCUUGUUCAUGCGAACGAUAUUGUGAGUUCGUCAUGUCGUGUUAGAUUCAACAGGUUGGUAUGG